UCUUGGAGAUAUGACAUUUUGACAGAGGUAGUUUUUUUUUUGAAGCAGCCGGCUUUAAUGACAAAAAAUCAUUUGUAUUGUAGAGAAUAAUUAAUUCUUUUAAAUAGUUUCAUAACUAUAAUCAUUUUAAGAAAGCCACCAAAUUAACUAAAAGCUUGAACUUGAAAUCUUGCAUUCCACAUCAGAAUGAUUUCUUGCAAAAUUGCAGUUCACUGUGUAUUUAUUUCAACGGAGAUUAAAAGGUAGAUGAUGAAGUGGAUCACUAUACAUUUGGUUUCUAAGAAGUAAACUGCAAUGUUUAAAAGUUAAAGUCCUCUUGAAUUUGUGAAAACCAAAGAGCCGAGAAGGUAAAGGCUUCAUUCCAGAUGAAAACCAUGAAAAUUGGGAAAAUUUUCAUAAUUGUUGCAAUUUAUAAUGAAUUAAACCAGAAUGUGUCAGAAUGAUGACAUUAUCUUACGAACGAAUACAAUAUUAAUACUUAUAAAAUUAGGCAUGGAAUUUAAACUUUCAAUCUGAAACAUUAAAUUAGCACAAUAGGUAUCGUUUGUUUUGUAUCCAAGUUGAUCAAGUAACAUUUCUACUUCUAAUCUCACAAAGACUGUCUGAAUUCCUCUGUUGCUUAAUCACAAUCUGUUGCUUAAUCAUGGAGAAACAGCUCAAUUUAGCGGUGAAGCUGUCACUAGAGGAACUGGCUCUCCGAAGAUCCGUUAUCAACUUGUGGUGUGAAACUGACGUUUGGUCCUCGAUUGAAGACAUAAAAUUAGAAUCUCUUCCUGAAGGUCAACUCCCAAGUGAUUUUGGAAAAACCCUUCAUGACAUGGUAAAAGAGAAGAUCUCAGGUAUAGUUAUAGCUGAGCCGAUAAAGAAGCGAAUGAUGAAUGUAUUUAAGCUGAUUGGUUCAGACUUAAUGAUAUGGAAAAUAUUCCAUGAAAAUUUGUUGCAUUUCUCAUUUAAAAGUUUAAAUAUUCUGAAAUACUUGCGCUUGACAUCUGCGGGGUCAGUAGAUUACCGGAACACUGCAGAAGAACUUGUACGUCUUGGUGCGCUAAAUGAUGUGGCAAGAUAUACAUUAAGUUGCUGUUAUUGCUUGGAUAAAUACAUUCCAGUUCUUUGGCAAGAACUUUCUGCACAGUCUAAAGAGCAUUUUUUAUCCAUGUCAUUUAUUACUCCCGGAAGGUUGGAACUGCCAGCUUUUUGGGCUUGGUUUAUGAAAAAAAACCCUGAAAUGUAUGGUAUUUCUAAAGUGCUUUUGAGUCAAAACUUCUCUUUUGAUCAGCAUGCUUUUCAUGUCUCAGUACUCAAUGGUAACAAAGCAGCAGCUAAACAUUUUUAUCAAAAGUUAACCAGUGAAGAACGGGUCAUUUCUUUAUCGAGAGCAGUCGAUGCUGUCUUAUCAAACGAAGGCAGAAAUUUACCCAGAAUGCAUUCCGACUUUCCAAAAGAAACACUUCCUGAUGUUUUGUGUUACUUGUUAUCCCUGAUGAGUCCAAAGCAACAAAUGCAGGUUUUAAAGGAGCGACCUCCUGCGAUUUUAAGGUGUUUUGCGGCUUGGCCGUGGCAAGAUAUUUUCGUGGAAAUCUCCAAAGUUAUAAUGACAUUUAUUCGUGAAGAAAUGACUUUUCUCCAAAGAUAAUGUAUUAAAAAUUAAGGUUAUUAUUUUCCAAACGUGUUUCAGAAGUUAUUCCUGAACAGUCCAAACGAAUUUAGAAAACAGUUUGUAGAUUAUGAAUGUCGGUUUGUUUCUUCUUUUCACUGCAUAUUACAAUGCUGAGGAUGAAGGAACGAUAGAAACAGUUUUGAGGAAUAUAUGUGCUGAAGACUGAAUGAUUCUUAUCUUUAGUGAUAGUUUCUUAACGCUUCUCGAUUCUCUUACAAUGAAAAAACAAAUGUCAUUUGGUUGAAUUGUGUUUUCAACAGAUCACGCCAUCCAAAGAAAACAAGAAGAAGCUGAAGGGAUUAACAUGCAUGAAAUGAGACCGAAAUUACGAAAGUGGAAACCGUUUCUUGAGGCUAUCGAUGAAAAAAAAAAAAAACCCCUGAAGCAGGCGCUUCUAGCAAGAGAAAAAUUAAAGAUUAAAAGUUCCGCAUUAAAGAUGAAAAGAAGAAGUGG